CCGGUGUCCGCCAUCUUGGUUUACAUACUACAUGAGUACCGAUUACCGAAUAUUGUUUGCAGGAAUGCAUUUCCGUAGAAGAAUUUGAUUGUCAAACUCCAGGACGAUUCCCAAUCCUAAAAGGAAUUUGUCAUUUAUACUGGAUAGAAGUCAUACUUACUAUGGACUGUUUUGAUGAAUUUGUUAAUAUAAGCACGAGCACGUUUUCAUGAAAACUUGUUUCUCCAAACUACUGCGUGGCAUUCUCGUUAAAUGGGCGUCACGUAAAAUUUGAAGUUGCGAUAUUUUAAAAUUUUUCUUAGUAAUGCCUCUCUUUAAAAAUGCCACAUGGCCAGUACUGCUCAGCUACGUCACAGUUUUAACGAUAACGUUUAUCUAAAUUCUGAAGCAUCGUGAACAAGAAAGAAAGCGAAACGUAAUUGGUCUUUUUGCCCUCAAAUUUUCCGUUUUCUUUUUCACGUUAUCCAACAAAUUUUUUGAUUUUCAAUUGAGUCCUGAAUAUAUUUCUACAGAAUAAUAUUAAUCUAUACUAUCUUUGUGAAAUGCGAUUUUCUAUACGAAGUUUUGUCAUCAGUUUCAGCUGUUUUCUUAUGCUCAUCAUAUUCAUGGUGAAACUUUUGCCACCUCGAAUCAGAUAUAAAGUAUUUCAUCAGUCAAACUAUGAAGAAACUAUUACAACUACAAAGCAGAAGAUUAUAUUAUUUUGGGGAACGCCAACAUUUCUACAAAAUUUUUCGAUAAUUCCAAAUAAUUUAUCAACAGCUUGCGGUGGCUGUAUCGUUACUUCGGACAGAAACUAUUUAAAUGAUAGUGAUGUUCUUCUUUUUCACCCAGAAUACUUUUCUAAGUACAAGAAGAUUAUGCCACCUACAAGAUUGGCGAAUCACAUAUACGUGUUCGCGAGUGGCGAGAAUCCAUACUAUACUAGAUAUGCAAUCAAAGAACGAAUGAAUUUUAUGUUUAAUGAAUACGACACGAUUUUCAAUAUGACGGUAUCGUAUAGAAGAGAUGCUGACAUAGUUGUUAAUUAUGGGAUAUGGCAUAAAGAUAUGUUAAAAACAAUACAGCCAUUUACUUUAAAAAAGAAAACAAACUUGGCUAUUAUGCUAGCAAGCGAAUGCUGGAGAGCUGGGUCCCAAUUAAGAAUAAAGUUAUCGGAUGCACUUGUGGAAGAAGGAUUGAAUUUAACACGAUACGGGAAGUGCUUUGGAUCGCGAUACGAAGGAAACUUAACAGAACUACUUCAUCAAUAUAAAUUUUUUAUGUCGUUUGAGAAUGCUAUACACUGUAAAGACUAUUUAACUGAAAAAUUUUGGGUGAAUUCAUUAUGGAAUGGUGUCGUGCCCGUUGUUUGGGGACCACUAAAAGAAGAUAUCGUUCGUGUAGCCCCACCGAAUUCCUUUAUUUAUGUCGACGAUUUCGAGUCGUUGAAAGAUUUAGUACAAUACUUAAAUUAUUUGGAUAAAAACGACGACGAAUAUUUAAAGUAUUUUGCAUGGCGUAAUCUGGAACCUCCUGAAAGACAACCUAACAUUUAUUGUGCGUGUGGGAAAAUGAACCUGGUUGAUGAAAAAUUGUGCGGAUUAUGUAGAACCGUGACCGAUGGUUCGAAAGGAAAAUCGAACUUAAGUUUAAGUGAAUGGUGGUACGGUGGCGAGAAUCCAGACUGUCUUCAGAAUAAUCUUACACAUUUGGAAUUGGAUUUCAACAAACAAUACGGCAUCAAAUAGAAGAGAAGAUUUGCAGUUUGAACCUCUCCACGUUAUAACAGUUGAUAUUAUAUAGAAAAAAUUGACUGCGGCGUGAGACUCUUAAACAUUGGAAGUAAUCGCAGAAUUUGAUUAUCGAGAUAUAAAACCUACUGCCCCACGAAAUAUCCUCACGCGCACCCACCAAUUCCCCUGCACUCAGUGAUGGGAUUCAAAAUUUCAAGAGCGAUUUCUCUUUUUGUACUGUUGACGUGAACAUACACAUUAGUUUUAAUUAUUCUUGUCUCGUCGAUCAUGUUUAAACUUUCUCUUGUCUAUUUAUUUCUGUGAAGAAAAAGUGUGACAUAUUAUUCACUGUAUUGCACUGCCUUCCUUCUUGCUGUCAAACUUUUACCUGGAUGGAAUUUCACUGGACUUUAUACUUGUUUAUUAACUUUCAUUAAAAGUCCAUUUUAUAUGUGUUGAAUCAACACGACACGCUUCACAUAAAUCUAAUAAAUAACUUUUGAAAUUUCAAAUAUA